AAUGCAAAAAAGUAAAUUAAAAAAAAACAUAAAUACUACGAGUCCUAGUUCCAUAUAAUAGUUUCAUAUAACAAACAUUAUUAUUAUGGAAGAUCAUCCACCUGGGUUUCGUUUCUUCCCAACAGAAGAAGAGCUUGUUGGCUUCUACCUACACAACAAGCUAGAAGGCCAAAGAAAUGCCAUAGCCAUAGACAGAGUUAUCCCAGUUAUUGACUUCAAUGGCGUUGAGCCUUGGAACCUUCCAACAUUUGCUGGGGAGCUUUGUCGUGGAGACACGGAGCAAUGGUUUUUCUUUUCGCCCGGUCAAGAGAGGGAAGCCAGGGGAGGGAGACCCAGCAGAACCACAGCUUGUGGGUAUUGGAAAGCAACAGGUUCUCCUGGCUAUGUUUACUCUUCUGAUAACAAAGUCAUUGGAGUGAAGAAAUCCAUGGUGUUCUACAAAGGGAAGGCCCCUAUGGGAAGAAAAACCAAAUGGAAGAUGAAUGAGUACAGAGCUAUUCAUAUCCCUAACCAAUCCACCCCUCAGUUGAGAUGGGAAUUCAGCUUGUGUCGAGUGUAUGUCAUAUCGGGGAGCUUUCGAGCAUUUGAUCGACGACCAUUAGAGAAAGAUGGAUCAGAAUCACGUGCAAAAGUGGAUGGAUUGUGUUCUUCUGAAAUUUCACACUUCGAGGGACUCCAUGGCUCACACUCUCAGAUGCUAGAAGUUAGAGAAUCAAGUAGCACAAAUUGGGAUGUGAAUAAUAAUAAUAAUGAUAAAAGUAAUAAUGAGGUCCAACUCCAAGAACCGUUGUGGGAAUUGGAAUGGGAACAAUUUAAUUGGCUCUAACUCAAAGGCACAUGCUGAGACCUUAAAGAAAGAAAGACCCCCUUGGGAAUGACUCAUUAAAAUAUGACAUCAACCAUGACUCUAUGUAUACAUACAUAGUUAUAGAUACGAUAUUUGUUAAUUUACUUACUCCAAUUGGAUUAAGGAAAGUUAGCGUAGAAAAUCUGUCAUAUUAAGAAGGAUUUUGUUAUUUAACCUCAAUUAGUUUGCUGAUACCUUGUACGUAGACGACACUUCCCUAUAUUUUUAUUCAAUUUGAAUACCAUCAAGUCCAUCUCUUUUCCACUUCCACCACACCAACCAUUGAAAAUUAUGUCAAAUAAACUGAUAAUAAAUUAUAUGUCAA